AAUAAUAGUAUUCGAUCUGAUAAAAACAAAAAUUAGAAUGUUUAGAUGGCUUGAUUUCAUGGCCUCCAACCAACCCUGAUUAGCACCACCACCACCACCGCACCACCACCCAGUUUUGAGUCGUGCGCACGUAAUUUUCGCUUCUUUUUAUUUCUCUUCCAACCAAUGUCUUUCUCUUCCUUCAUAUAUUUCAUCACCUUCCCCACCAUUUUCUCAUUUUCUGUGAUUUUCUUAUAAAUUACGUACCUUUGGAUUGGUUUACUCUUCCUUCAACUUUGGAUUCAAUCAAGAUAAUGCAGGGAGGUAGUGGUAGCAUCUGAAACUUCUCAUCUCGAUAUAUCCGUAAAUUGAAUUGUCGAUCUUUAAAACCUUGUAUAUAUGGCGACAAGAUCUAAAGAUAGUAGCCCUACUCCAGGGAGGGAGAAGAAGAGCACAUCAUCCCCAUCAACCACCAAAAGGCUCACCAAGUCCCAAACUACAGUCACUGAAAAAUCCUUGUCAACCUCAUCAGCAAAACAAGUCCCAAACUAUCUCAGGCCGACGUUAAGCGCCUCGAGGCACGAAAAUUCGCUGAGGUCAUCGUCCGCCGGUGCCAAGAAACAUGGCCCUGAAGAUCAUGCAGCAUCUCAAAACCCUACAUUGAAUAGAAGAAGAUCUUUUGACAAGCCACCAUCGGCUUUUAGGAUUCAGAAGGCAUUGAUCUCCCCAGGAAGGGACGCGCCACUGCGAUCUUCGUCAUUUUCAGCGAAAAUCUCCUCUAAUGCUCCGAGACCAAGAAUAGAGAGGACGAAAUCGAGCACUUUUGGGUCUGGAAAGCCGCAGCUUUUGCCUGCAAAGAGUGUGAAGAAGAGCAGCACAAGCAGUUCGGUUAAGAAGGAGAGUUCAUCGGGUUCAACAAGAGCUCCGAAGAGCAGGGACAUAACGCAUACACUUAAUCUCGAAGCGAAUUUAGAUGCUAUAGUGUCUUUGGAACAUCAUGAGGUUGAAGAGGUAGGUAAGAUUUCGACUGAGGAGCAUGAUAAAGUGAUUCUUCCGGAUCCAAAAGGCGAAGAGAGUGAGCACGUUGGUGAUCAUGAUGCUGGUGUUUCUGAGGCUGAAGCAAAUAGCGGCGAGGAUGAGAAGGUGAAGGCUAGUGAGGGUUCAAAUGGUAAUACGGAGGAAUUGAUGGAAAAUGUGGAGGAAAGAAACGAAGGAAGCGGAAGUGUAUUGACCGAAAAAGAAGAGAAGCCGGGGGAUAAUGAUCAACAAGAUGGGGAAGAGAAUGCAAAAAAAAAAGAUGACAGCGGCGAGACAAAGGCGGAAGAGGGUGUGGCAAGUGAAGAUCUGGAAACAAAAGUUGAGAUGAAAGAAGAACAGGAAAAAGAGAGUGAUAGUAAAGAAGAAAAUGAAGGGGAGGAAAGCAAAAAUGUUGAGGAAAAGGCAUUGGAUGAGAAGGAAAGAGAAGUGGUUGUGGAUGGUGGAGUUGAGGAAGCAAAGCCAACGGAGGCAGGUGAGGCGGCUGUUGAGGUGGCAGAGGAAACACUAAAGCCGCGACAAGCGAGCGGGGGAUCUUCACAAGGAGGAGGGAAGAAAGACUCAGCUCCUGCAUACAAUGAUGUGAUUGAGGAGACUACAAACAAGUUGAUGGAGAAAAGAAAGAACAAGGUGAAGGCAUUGGUUGGUGCCUUUGAAACUGUCAUAGAUUAUGAAUCCAAAUGA